ACUGGUUGGAGGUAGUGUAGAGAGGGUGGAGUCUCUGAGACUGGUUGAGGUAGUGUAGAGAGGGUGGAGUCAAAGACUGGUUGAGGUAGUGUAGAGAGGGUGAAGUCUCUGAGACUGGUUGGAGGUAGUGUUAGAGGGUGGAGUCUCUGAGACUAAACAAACCAUGAACAAAACAAGUUCUUCAUUCUCUGGAUGGUGAUGAACAACAGGAAGGAUUCUGUAUUCUAUACUCUCACUGCGUUUUAGGACAUCAUUAUAGGACAAAGAUGGCUUCACAGACAGCUGAGAGAGAGAGACUUGGUGGCAGUUAUGGCAGCUUUGGAAGUAUUUGCAAAAAGAAAACAAUCCCAGAACCUGUUCAUCACAACCUUUCAUCAAACCAAUAAUGAGUUUAACUCAGUUUGCAAAGGUGAAGGAACGCCUCAGGCGUAAAGCUCUUGAGUUGUUGGCACAAGUAAAGGGGACUGACAAAGAGAAAGAUGAUUUCACCUUUGAUGAGUCUAAAUUAAUCAUCAGAGAACUUGCUGCUGAACUGAACAGGGUAGUUCAGAUCAGAAACGUCUCCCUCCUGACCAGAGUGACUGAGGAUGGAUCUUGUCAAGAGGAGCGUCAAGAGUUCAUACUGCAGUGGGCUGAGGAACUGAAUCCCUCACCACAGACUGGACAGAUACCAUCUGGGAAAUUCACAAGAGACAGGAGAAAUGAGGAACCUCUAGAUCAACAGGGACCAGACAAGGAAGAGAAACUGAAGGAAGCCAGAAAAGCACUGUCUAACUGGGCCUGGACACUUAAGGGCAUGGAACAGAACUCAGUGUGUCCAGGAGAGGAUGUGUGUUCAGUCCUGGAGGAUCUGGAGACACAGUGGAAGAGAGGGAAACUACCCAGCAUGCUCCCUGUUAUGGACUUUAUCAUCUGUAGCAUGCUACAGGAACAGCGCCAGGAGGGCUCCAUUGCAAAGCAGUGGUUCAGAAGCAGAGUGACUCUGAAUCACAUUCCUGACUCGGUUUGGAAAUGGAUUUCGAAAGCAUCAGAAAAGAUCACAAUGGAUGAAAAAACAGCCAACCCAAGUCUCCUACUGUCUCAUGACAGGAAAAGAGUGAAAAUGGCCACCAUCAUUGAGAGUGUCUACAAUCCCUGGGAUUACUACGAAAUGACUCCCAAAAUGUACAAUGGUUGGUGGUGUGUACUGGGGACAAAAGGUUUUAACUCAGGAAGGCAUUACUGGGAGGUGGGGGUCAGGGGCAAGGCAGAGUGGAGGAUAGGGGUGGUUAGAGAGUCAGCACCACGACAAGGCUUUUUUGACCUGAGUCCACAGAGAGGUUACUGGACUCUGCGUCUGCAGCUUGGACAACUCAUGGCUGUAACUGCACCAAUCACUAAACUGAACCAGGCUGUACCUUCAAAGGUUGGGGUCUCUCUGGAUAUAGAGGAGGGACAGGUCUCCUUCUAUGAUGCAGCGAAAAGGCGGCAUAUUUACACUUUUGAUGUCGACUUUGAUCAAUCUGAAAAGAUUUACCCCCUUUUUCACACCAUUGAGACAGACAGAGAGCUGGUUAUUCUGUAGUUUCAUCUUCCUAGAGUUAUGGUCACUCUGCCAGAGUUCCAGAGUUCCUCUGUGGAGAAGAGAGAACCUUCUAGAAGGUUAUGUAUAUAUAUAGUAAAUAUGCACAUACAGUUGGUUAAAGGGUUACAUAGAGCUCACCACCACCCACUUUAUUGUACAUGUCUUUCUAGCAACUGAAAUUCUUUUAUUUUCAGCUCGCAUUGAAUAAAAAUUAUUUAACAGUGA